GGAGAUUGUCUACGGAGAAGCGAACGGCCGUUAUUUCCUCCCCCGUCCGCAGGCACGCGCGGGUCAGCGGCCAUCUCUAAUCGUCCGCAUUUAUUCGGGUUCGGUCGUCCUUCGCGUCCCGGUUCUUAUUUGACCCUAAAGGCUGUUCUCCGGCCCUGUUUCUACAAGCUGUCGUUGAAGGUUCGGUCCGUUCAGUUGGGAGCUGACACUGACUCGGUAACCAUGAUCGAGCGACCAGAAGCAGCACUUCCUCCAAUUGCCCAGAGGAACCUGGAAGGUUAUGUGGGUUUUGCCAACCUGCCCAACCAGGUUUACAGGAAGUCAGUCAAAAGAGGGUUUGAAUUCACCCUGAUGGUUGUUGGUGAGUCUGGUCUUGGAAAAUCCACUCUCAUCAAUUCUCUGUUCCUGACGGACCUGUACUCCAAAGACUACCCAGGACCCUCCCAGCGCAUCAAGAAGACCGUGCAGGUGGAACAGUCAAAAGUUCUGAUUAAGGAGGGCGGGGUCCAGCUGACCCUCACCAUUGUGGACACUCCAGGGUUUGGAGAUGCCGUGGACAACAGCAACUGCUGGCAGCCGGUUAUCAACUACAUUGACAGCAAGUGUGAGGACUUCCUGAAUGCAGAGUCCCGGGUCAACCGCAGAUCCAUGCCUGACAACAGAGUGCACUGUUGCCUUUAUUUCAUCGCCCCCUCUGGACACGGCCUGAAGCCUCUGGAUAUUGAGUUCAUGAAAAGACUCCAUGAUAAAGUCAAUGUGAUCCCCCUCAUUGCCAAGGCAGACACCCUCACCCCCGAGGAAUGCCAGCUCUUUAAGAAGCAGAUUAUGAAGGAGAUUCAGGAGCACAAAAUCAAAAUCUAUGAAUUUCCUGACACAGAAGAAGACGAGGACAACAAGCUGAUCCGGAAGAUCAAGGAGAAGAUGCCGCUCGCCGUGGUCGGCAGCAAUGUGGUGGUGGAGGUGAAUGGGAAGAAGGUCAGAGGUCGGCAGUACCCCUGGGGGGUGGCAGAGGAGGGCAUUUUUGAGCUUCCUCCUUUGGAAGAGUCGGGAGGUCAGUGGCUGGCUUGGAAUGCCAAGGGGCAGGACAGCCCGAGCUUCAUCAAUGUGGAGAACGGCGAGCACUGUGACUUCACCGUCCUGCGAAACAUGCUCAUCCGCACUCACAUGCAGGACCUGAAGGAUGUCACCAACAACGUCCACUAUGAGAAUUACCGCAGCAGGAAGCUGGCCGCUGUCACUUGCAACGGGGUGGACACCUCCAAGAGGAACGGACAGCUGACCAAGAGCCCCCUGGCUCAAAUGGAGGAAGAGCGCAGGGAGCAUGUCAUGAAAAUGAAGAAGAUGGAGGCAGAGAUGGAGCAGGUCUUUGAGCUCAAAGUCAAGGAGAAGAAGCAAAAGCUGAAAGACUCUGAGGCUGAGCUGGAACGACGCCACGAGCAAAUGAAGAGAAACCUGGAGGCCCAGUACAAAGAGUUGGAGGAAAAGAGGCGCGUCUUCGAGGAGGAGAAGGCCAACUGGGAGGCUCAGCAGAGGAUCCUGGAGCAGCAAAAACUGGAUGCUUCCAAGACAAUGGAAAAGAACAAGAAGAAAGGAAAAAUCUUUUGAAGGAAGUGGCAGCCGGCGUCUUUUGUUCGUUAACCUCCUGGGAUUCAUCUGUGAUGUGAGAACACAGACAGCAACCGUCUGCUCCAAGCAGACUCUGACGCGCACACAACGCUCUCUGCGGGGCUUUCUGUCGUCCUCAUGGAUGUGCACGUUUGUGAAAUUCUGUUUCCUACUUUAUGUGACCGGGGUGGGGCUGUUUCUCCAAUCCCACAUAUUCGUUUGUAAACCUGCAGGUACAUAGACUUUCCUGUCAGAGGAGAAAGUCCCCCUGAGAAAACUCCGGCUUCAGCUGCUUUACCGUCCUCAGAGCUGCACUUCAUGUCAGCACGGAAAUUGAGAAUUUGAUAGAAAAUCUCUAGACUUUCUCUUCAAGAUUCCUUUUUUCUACAUAGAAUAGAGGUUUAAAAUCAAACUACAUUUCUUUAAAAAGUCCUCAAAGAAUUUCAUCAAAAUCCUAACAUGUUUUUUGACAAACUGUAUAAGCUUUGACAUACCUCAGGUCAAGUGAUCCUGCAGAAUAAGUUGUCCUGUAAACACUUCAGUAGACCAAAUCUAACUUCAGGGUGUUCCAGGCUCUGCUAUGGGAACAUUAGAAUGGUGUGUUUGUCUGUUUGGAUCCGUCUCCUCCUGAAAACAGUUAUGCAACAGCCUGUCUCCGUCUAAAUAAAAGAGAGAAGAUGUUUUUUAUGUUGAUGUGUUUGAUGGUGCCAACCUCCUUAGUCUUUUAAAAAGUUCCCACGACAGCAAACUAUCAGAAAAUGUGAUUAGGAAGACCAAACAUGUGAAAGUCAUGAUAUUAGAGAGUCAGGACUUCCUGUGUUUCCUUUUUCUUCAUGGACUCCUUUUUGAAUUUUGAAGAUGCUUUCAUGGAAAUAAGCAGAUCAGCCUCACGUCUUCAGAUACAAACAUUUCUCUGCCUGGUUCUCCACAUUAUUGUGUAAAUAUCUCCACUAUUCUUUUUAUCUUUUUUCAUCCUAAUUUUCAGAUUAAUAAGAAACUUCAGGAUCAACUCAUCUGGACUCUCCUAAACAGAUAUUAAUACUCAAGUGUGUGUCAGCUCUGAACCCUCAUACUGAAAGUUUUCUGAACACUCAUCUUUGUAAUAUUUUCAUUUUAUAUAAAUAUUUUUGUUUUGCUUUUAUGACUGAACCAAAUGUUUGUCUGUAACUGUACACAGUUAUUAAUAAAGUUGAUUCAUGCUAGA